CGUUAUGAUAUUAUCUGUGUCAGUGGGGAGGUGUCCGAGAGAGCCCAUUAAAAAAAAGUAUAAGAACCUAAAACUCGUGUUAUUUCUCUGUCACUCAGUAUUGUGCUUGCACAAAGGGAUUAAUCUGCUUUUUAUUUUAUUUACCUUUGGCUAUCAUUUUAGUAAUAUGUUAUAUGUUGUAGCUACUUAACAGUAAGUUUAUGGUAUAUUUCUAAUAUGGUAUCAGGCUGGGACUGUUUGAAUCUAGGCUUUUAUUUUGCAAAAUUAAUGUGUGCAUCAUUUUCAGAGGUUUUCCAAAUAAUAUUGAAAUGAUUUGUUUGCCCAUUGGCUUGUCCUUGUGUCAGUAAAAGUUGAACAUAGAUUAUAGCUAGAAUUAUUAUACCAGGCAUAAUUCCCAUCAACAUGUCAAUGUUUCAACUCAUUAAUAUUCAGGAGUCAUUACUACAUUAUUACUAUUUACGCUGAGUACUGAGUAGUCAAAAGGUAGGACGACACCUAUCUUGGAACUUGGAACCAUGUUCAACCAUUUCCAUUGUAGCUCCUGUGACAUUAGCACAUUUGACAGCGAUGAUGGCGUACACACCAGCAGACACUGUUGCGGUAGCUCUAUUAAAAUAUUGCUGCCAUGAGUAACGCAGCGACCAGGAAAUUCCUGUUUUGGAGUGACAACACGGUGCUCUCAUUUCCUCAUGAACAGGUUUUAUAACUUGGAGCUCUAAAAUCUAGUCAGAUCAUCUACUGCAGAGGAUAGAUGUCUGGUGCAGCAGCAUGACAGUUUCACAUAAGUGUUCUUAUAGAAGACAAAACAAGCCUCUGUAUGUCAUGUUAUCAUCAGGAUUGUCAUCAUAUAGGAGUUUUCUGUAAUUUUGUUUUGCUUCUGUUCAGAUUUCUCCGUGUUAACAGGUUCAUAAUUCACCAGCUAUGGCUUACAAUCCCCAACAACCAGGGGUAGAAAAGCCCAUGACAAACUGGGACACCCAUCUCUUUGAUUGCUUUGUGGACUGCAGUACUUGUUGCUAUGGUUACUGGUGCUGCCCUUGCCUUGCCUGUACAGUUUCAGGGAGCUUUGGAGAGAACUAUUGUCUCCCACUAUGUGACAUUUGCAGCCCUGCCAUAAUGUCAGCCUGCGGAAUACCUCUGUGUGCUCCCCCAGCGCUCUUGUCUCUAAGGGCUGGCCUUCGAAACAGAUAUAAUAUCAAGGGAUCUCUCUGUGAGGACAUUGCAGUUUCCUGUUUCUGUGUCUGGUGCGCCUGGUGUCAACUGCAACGCGAGUUAAAGCACCGCAAAAAGAAUACCGCCAUCAUCGUCAAUAUGCAGCCUCAAAACGUUAUCAACAUAAUGCAGCAGGGUCCAGUGGUGAAUUCCCAACCUGUUUUUGUGGGCCAACAACAGCAACAACCACAACCUGUUUUUGUGGGCCAACAACAACAACAACCACAACCUGUUUUUGUGGGCCAACAACAACAACAACCACGAAAGGCUGAGGGUGACGUAGGCCUUACUUGGCAAGAGGACCUUAGUAAUUAA